AUGUCAACAGAACGAUCUCCCUUCAAGACCGCGGUCUAUGGCCUGUGGUCGUAUCAAUUUGGCUUCCUCUUGUUCGCAGAAACAUACCAGCUUCUCGUGGACUCACUCUCCUUCCGCCUCCUGUUUCUGCUUCUCCCAUUCACGUUUGAGCUGUUUCUCCUUUUCACCACAGCUUCUCGUAUACCCAAGUUGGCACCAUGGACCAAACAUUUUCACCGGUUCUUCUAUGAGACAAGAGACUGGGCUAUGGUCCUACCAGUCUUGAGCAUCCUCUGGGUCUUUGGCAUUUUAAUGGUAGCCGGCCUCGUCUUCACAGACCUCAUUGGUUCGGGUUACGGGCCAAUCAACAAAACUCUAGCUUGUAUGCGGGUGAAGAACCUUAGGAGCCCCGAGGAGGAAGAGACGAUAGGAUUGACGGCCAAGGACGACGACGACGAUUGGAACUACUUUCAAGAUAAUCGGGGUAACUGA